AUGGCCAAGAAACUCCAUUUGGCUAGCCUCUUCUAUUUGGCUUCAAACUGGCCUGUAAUUUCCGGUUUUUUGCAAUCAAAAGCUCCCGUUCAUGCGUCAUGGUCAUUGGAUGGCAAAACGAGUCAACAACAACUUGGUCACUCCUCGAGACAGUUCCAAUUGAAUCUGGUCCCAAAAACCAAGGAGGAGACUGCCUUUAUUCGAGAAUGCCUGCUUGAAAAUGCUUUGUUUUCCUCCAUGUCAGAGCUGUCGCUUCAAAAUCUCAUUGAAAAUUUUGAAAAGGCCGAAGGAGGAAAGGGAGAAGUCAUUACAAGACAGGGGGAGCCUGCUGACAACGGUUUUGUCAAUUUAGUUGCCGAAGGAACAUGUAAGGUGUUUGUUGAUGAAAAGGAAGUACCAGAACCCUUCAACAUCCUGAAAGCUGGAACUUGA